UCCAAUGUCUUCUCCAUGUUCGACCAAACCCAGAUCCAGGAGUUCAAAGAGGCCUUCACUGUGAUUGACCAGAACCGCGAUGGCAUUAUUGACAAGGAAGACCUUCGGGACACCUUUGCAGCCAUGGGGCGCCUCAAUGUGAAGAAUGAGGAGCUGGAUGCCAUGAUGAAGGAAGCCAGCGGUCCCAUCAACUUUACCGUCUUCCUCACCAUGUUCGGGGAGAAGCUCAAAGGUGCUGAUCCUGAGGAUGUGAUCACUGGAGCAUUCAAGAUCCUAGACCCUGAAGGGAAGGGCACCAUCAAGAAGCAGUUCCUGGAGGAGCUGCUUACCACGCAGUGUGACCGCUUCUCCCAGGAAGAGAUCAAGAACAUGUGGGCGGCCUUUCCCCCCGACGUGGGCGGCAACGUGGACUACAAAAACAUCUGCUAUGUCAUCACGCACGGCGAUGCCAAGGACCAGGAGUAGGAAAAUCCUCUAGGCCUCUGCUGGCCAACGCCUUCCUGCCAGCCAGAGCUGGGCCGCCUCCUAAUAAAACCCAACCGGUUUUUGUUUCUAA